CUCGCUUGUAUCUGCGUGUCCUUCGUACCGCGGACACAGGCUCAGACAUGGCGAGCCCCUGCAUUGUGAUUCAAGAUGAUGAACAGGGAUACGAUCUGGACUUAUUCUGCAUUCCUAAACAUUAUGCAGCCGAUCUGGAGAAAGUCUACAUUCCACAUGGGCUUAUAAUGGACAGGACUGAAAGGCUGGCUCGAGAUAUCAUGAAAGACAUGGGAGGUCACCAUAUUGUAGCACUGUGUGUCCUGAAGGGUGGCUAUAAGUUCUUUGCUGAUCUACUUGACUACAUUAAAGCACUUAACCGCAACAGUGACAAGUCUAUCCCUAUGACAGUAGAUUUUAUCAGAUUGAAAAGUUACUGUAAUGAUCAAUCGACAGGAGACAUAAAGGUUAUUGGAGGGGAUGACCUUUCCACCUUGACAGGCAAGAAUGUUUUGAUUGUUGAGGAUAUAAUUGAUACUGGAAAAACAAUGAAGACUUUGCUUGCUAUGCUCAAGAAGUACAACCCAAAAAUGGUUAAAGUAGCCAGCUUGCUUGUAAAGAGAACUCCACGAAGUGUGGGAUACAGGCCAGACUUUGUUGGAUUUGAGGUACCAGACAAAUUUGUUGUUGGUUACGCGUUAGACUACAACGAGUACUUUAGAGACUUGAAUCAUAUCUGUGUGAUAAGUGAGGACGGUAAAGAAAGAUACAAGACAUAGACAGAAGCUGUGAAAGAGUUAAUUUGCAAGCUUUUUACAAUAUAUAACAGAUUUGUUGCAAUUCGCCUUGCCCCCCCCAAAAAAAAUACCUGUUUGCUUUGUAUUUCAGACCCCUUCCUGCAUGAAAGAAAUUACAGCUUUCUCCAGAAGUUUGGCUAUAGAUUUCUAGACUUUUUUUUUUUUUUUUUUAAAAAAAAGGUUUCAUGGUCUAAAUAGAAUAUACUGUAUCAGAAUUUAGCAUGUUAAUGCCCUUCUGAAUAGAAGCCAUAUAUAAAGUCACUUCAAACAUCAGCACUUAACACAGUUCAAACUGAAUCCCGGGUGUUUCUCCCUGACAGUUCAAAUAGUCAGAAACACUGGAGGCACUCGCAGAGAUCAUCAUAAGUGAAUUUAUCACGUACCCAAAUCUCGUCCGGAUGUCAGCUCCGAGAGAAGCAAAACGCGUUGAUGUGGGGGAAUAUGUGAAGACUUGAUCACUUCUGAUUACCUCUGUGAGUGCCUCCAGUAUUUCUAGCUAACUAUAUAUAUAUAUAUAUAUAUAUAUAUAUUUAUAUUGGGGUGCGUCUGUUAAAGGACCCCUUGUAACUGUAUGAAAAACAGUCGCAGUGUAGUUUGUUUCAAAAAGUCAGAAUUCAAACGUUCAAAUGAAACUCAUCAGUGAACUAAACAUCGUUUAAAUAUAUCUUUAAACAGAACUUGUUCUGCUGAUGCAAAAUCCUACUGUCGUUUGCAGAAAACGAUUCCUUUACAAGUCCUAUGUCUGGUAGUUAAAGUGGGCUCUUCUACUUGAACGUACCCGGAGGGAAUGUUUGUGAUUGCACUCUUCUGAUAUAGACUAUAUGUUGGGAAACUUCCUGUAGGCUUCUAUUUUUUUUUUUUAAUGUGCAUAAUUUAUUUUUUAUACAUAUAUAUAAAUGACUUUUAGUUCUGGUGGCUAGCUGCCCUAAGUCUUUAAGGUUUAGGGAAGUAAAUCGAUUAAGAAGUUAUUGAUGAUUUCUUGUUAUUAAAUAGUUGGAAUUCUUUAAAAAGCA